AUGAGUGCAUACGAGCAGCUUGGACCAGUUGGAAAUGCUCCGCCACCGCCUCCUCCAAUCUUUCCACCACCGGCAGAGCCUCCUCCUCCUCCUCCACCAUUAGAUGCGCCUCCGCCGUAUUUCGCACCACCGGCCGAUAUGAAGCAAAGUCAAACAGAAGGGGAACAUGCACAAACUGGGCAGCGAACGGGUGCUGCUGGAAGUGGAAAAGCCGCUACUGAACAUUCUGGAAGUACAAGCCGCCCCAUAAAACUGGAUCCUGUGCAGUCUGUAGUGCUGGGUGUGUCAAUUUUAUUUGUCGCCGUCUUCAUUGCAGCUCUCAUCUUCUUCAAAUUUUUCGACAAUUACUGACCAGACGUUGGGCUAAUAUGUGAUUGCCUCACUCAAUUCGUGACUGUACUUUGUCUCUGAUUACAUUCAUUAUGGAAAUGCCUAUCUUAAAAAUCUUUUUUGCUUCUACG